GGUUGUUAAAAUACAUAAACAUUCAACAAGCUGCUGUGUGGCUGUCUGUGUGUGUUUCUUCCUUUUUCAUCGAUUAAUCAACCAAAAUGCGAGGAAAAGUAAAAGCGGCUGACCUCGGGGGACUUGAAGUAGACACGCGAACCGAGGUUUUUAGAUAGUUUGUUUUCAAUCGUUGUCUUUUGCUCGUCUCUUGGAAAUGUUGUCCAAGCUAACAAGCUAGUUAGCAUGGUGCUGUGAUUUCUGCACAGGAGAAAGUGGAGACCCUCGCUGCAUCCUGAUGGCUGCAACUUCUGUGGACGGAAAAGGUUUAAACUUUAUGUUUAUCUUAAAUUCUUACCAAAAGUUUCUACGUCGGAAAGUCGUGGUAAAAUAACAUUAGAUACCUGUGUUCAGCUGGCGUUCAACAUUAGCAACCAAAUGAUAAAACAAAUAGGAUGCAGUAUUAUUAAAGUUCACCCAAACCCCUCUUUUAGAAGACUUGUUAGUGGAGAUUUUCGUUCUAUAUCUUUCCAGUCCAUUAAAAUUUGUCCAAUAUAUGCGUCUAUAGACUGAAACACACCUCACUUACAUCCAACCCAUGUCUCUGCUUUGCUGAAACAAGUAUUGUAAAGUUUUAGAUGUCUAUUGUUAACUAGUAUUUUGUUUAUCAUCCAAUAGCAACAUGGCAUGAGGGUGAUAGAUGUUUGGCCCCUGACCCAAGAGAUGGCAGCCUGCGAGAAGCCACCAUCAGUAGACUGACCUCCACUCCUCAUGAGAAAGAAGAUGACACAGCAUGGGUGGUUUUCAAUGAUGAUGGUAAAAAUGAAGAGGAAGAGGAAGCCGUUCCUGUCUCCAAACUCGUGAGACCAGACCUGAAUCACUUCAACCAGGAGAAACCUGUUUUUCCCAGCAGCAUCACAGCCCCCAGAUCGUAUGUCCCGCUAGAGCUGAGUGAUUUCGAAGGAGACAGUGUCCCCUACACCAUCAACAGAUAUUUGAGGGAUUACCAGAGGGAAGGCAUUAGGUUUAUUUACAACAACUAUAUCCGUUCCAGAGGCUGUAUCCUUGGGGAUGACAUGGGUCUGGGAAAGACUGUGCAGGUACUUACUACAGUCUUUUGUCAGAUUAUUAAAUGCCAACAUCUUUCUUCAUGAAUUUUUCUCCCUCUCUCUCUCUAUUUUCUUCCACCACCCUGAUCCUUCUCAAGGUGAUUGGUUACCUCGCUGCUGUGUUGCACAAAACAGGCACUUGGGAGGACGUUGAGAACAACAGGCCUCAGUUUCUGCAAAGUCAGAAGCCCUCCAAGCCACGUAAACCCAACAAAGUGCGUAUUGAUAUAUCCUGUGCGACUUUCAUAGUGAAAUAUUUAAGGAACGUCUGGACAAAUGAAAAAAAUUACAUCAGGUAGAUUCAAUUAACAGUGCUAUAGUGUUAAAGCACUGAUUGUUUUCAUCUGCAUGUUUUAUUGUCUCUAUGAUUCGCUUUAGGUGUUUCUCAUCGUGGCCCCACUAUCGGUUCUUUAUAACUGGAAAGAUGAACUGGAAACAUGGGGCCACUUCCAGUGUGUAGUGGUCCACGGGUUGAAAAAGGAGGAGGAGCUGGCUCGCAUCAAGAAGGGUCGCACUGAGAUUGCGCUCACAACCUAUGAGACUCUGCGUCUUUGUCUGGAUCAGUUUAACAAGUAAAAAACACGCCCAAAACGAAUUCAUUCACAACAUGUUUGCUGAAUGCAUGUAGCUUAUUUAUUAUUCCAAAUGAUAGAUACUUGGUUUCUGUAACAGUAUCUUUUUACAUAAUUUAAAGGCAUGACAGUAAAAGAAUACAUUUGCUCCACCUGCAGCAUAGACUGGUCUGCUGUGAUUGUGGAUGAAGCCCACAAAAUAAAAAAUCCAAACUCACAGAUCACUCAGGCUAUGAAGGAUCUGACAUGUAAGGUAAGUUUGUUUGUAUUAUUAUAUCAGUAUCCUAUUGCUGGGAUGUAAACUGACAAUGUUCAUCAGUAAAAAACUGUAAAGUAUGCACACACACCCAUUUCUGUACUAUAGAGGCUACAUUAAGUUAUGCACUUAUCAUAAAAGCUGCAUAAAAACAAAGCUGUAGUUUACACAAAGUCCAUAUUUUACAGCUUAUCUAUUUUUUUCACCAGAUCAGAAUUGGCCUCACUGGUACCAUCUUGCAGAACAAUUUGGAGGAGCUGUGGUGUGUCAUGGACUGGUGGGUUAAGAGACAUUUCUUUUUUAAAUCAUAAGACAUCUGUCAUGUGCAGAUUUACUAUUACUUGAUUGUCAUCGGUGUUUCUUAAAUUCAUUUUUAGGGCCAUCCCUGGGUGUCUUGGCAGCCUGGGACAUUUUAAGAAUAAGUUUUCAGAUCCAAUCGAGCAAGGGCAGAGGCACAGCGCGACCAAACGGACUCUGGCUACAGGAAGGAAGGCUGUCAGAGCCCUGGUGAAGAAGAUUUCCCACUUUUUCCUCCGAAGAACUAAGGGUCUCAUCAAGGAUCAACUCCCGAAGAAAGAUGACAGAGUAAGAUUCAUGAAGAUUCUUAAUGUCUGAAUGAAGGUUUAUGAUGUCAGACAACACCUGUAAAACAUCCUGUGUUUUAUGUUUCUUUGUAGGUGGUGUAUUGUUCUCUCACAGACUUUCAGCAGACUGUGUAUCAAACCGUGUUGGACAGUGAAGAUGUGACAUUAAUGCUGAGGUCUUCAGAGAAAUGUGACUGUCACAGUGGACGCACUCGCAGACGUUGCUGCUAUUCAGUUAGUCCAACCCUUUAACCAUUUUGUACUGAUUGUGUGAUUUAGGUGAAUUUGUCCUUUAAGUACAUCACUGCUACUUUUGUAAUAAUCAUUUGAACACAGUGUAUGCCAGUGAAAGGAGAACUACAGAGCUAUAAGUUAAUAUAUUUCUUUUAAUUUAGACGAAUUCCAGUGGUGUACAAAUAAAGACGCUCUACUUCAGUUACUUGGCUAUACUGAGGAAGGUUUCCAGCCAUGUCGCGCUGCUUCAAUCCACUGCAGGCACCAGCAAGAAACAGGUAAGCACAUGCUUCCCAUUAAUUCAUCCAGAAAUCCUGGUCAAAUGCAGGUCAUGUGACAUGAUUAAAUGACGGAUGUUGUCGUCUAUAACAACCCAUUUGUUUCUCUUAGGAAAAGUACAUUGGAGACAUUUGUAAAAAAGUGUUUCAGAAGUUUCCAGAGUUUGUGCAGAGGUGCAAAGAUGAAGCAUUUGAAGCUUUAUCCGACCCGAUGUACAGUGGAAAGAUGAAGGUACGCAUUUUAAAGAGAAGGCCCUGUCAUUUUCUUAUCGAAUACUGUUCAAGUGUCUUAAACAAACAAAUCUGUUUUCUUUUUCAGGUAUUAGAGAAGCUGCUGAAGUUUUAUCUGGGAAAGAGGGAUAAAGUUCUUCUCUUCUCUCUCUCAACCAAGGCAAGAGCUUUUUUUUUUUUUUUCAUUGGUGCUUAUAGACCUUUUUUUUUUGGGUGCGUGUAAUUUCAGAUGUACGCUGUGUAACCUCAAAGUGAUGAAAGGAAUAUGAUGCCAGAGUGAGAGUAUGCUCACUGGUCUUAAAGCUUUGCAGCCAGCCACAUCCAGUCAGCCUUUCAGCACAAACAUAUUUUUAGAUGGCACUGCUGUAGGAGUAGAUGACUUGUGUGCAUAGAAAAUGGUAGCAUGAGGUCUUAAUCACUCAUGACCAAUAGGGAAUCUCAGGGAUUUUGUAAGCGAAUGCAAUUUGAGGUGAAAAGAUAAUUAGCUUUGCAGAGAUGUUACCUGAGCCUGUGUGAUAACAUUUUUGGCUCUUAUGAGGUCAUAUUUUGAUGGCUUAUGUUUUGCUUUUUUUGAAAUCAUAGAAUCCAUACAGUUUUGAUUGGGCUUCGUUUGACCCCUGUGGUCUAACCGCAAAUAUACGACUAAGGGGAUAUGCUGUUUAUUUUUCAUUAAAUGUGUUUGUCUAGCAUUCACAUUAUGAACCUUUUGAGCAUACUUUUCACACUUGAGAGUUGAUUCACAUUGAAGAUGAGAAGAUUUUCAUUGUUUAUUCUUUUUGUGUGUGUUAUUUUGUCUUAAAUCAAUCAGCUAUUAGACGUGCUGGAGAGCUACUGCAUGGCGGCAGGACUGGACUACAGCAGGUUGGAUGGAGCCACUAAGUCAAAAGAGAGAGUCCAGAUUGUCAAAGACUUUAACAGCUCCCCUCACAUCAACCUCUGCUUAGUUUCCACCAUGUGAGUCAGUAACAGUCACAAGUGCGUGCGUGUGUUUUUCUUUUUAACAUUUAUUCUAAGCCAUAAGUUUUUUGACAUUUGACUCUUUACUCUUCCAGGGCGGGUGGUCUUGGUCUUAACUUUGUAGGGGCUAAUGUGGUCGUGCUGUUUGACCCCACAUGGAACCCAGCCAAUGACCUCCAAGCUAUUGACAGGUUUGUUUAAAGCCACAUUGUGUAUGAUUUUACUCAGUAUUUUGAAGUGUCUCAUGCUAACGAAGGGUGUGUACCACAGAGGUAUUCUUCUCUUGACACAGGAGUCAAUGUAGUUAAAGAUAUUACUCGCCUUGUCAUAUUCCUUUUAUUUUCUGACAGCCAACGUUUCACUCUCUGUUUGUACGAUGACUAUUUUGAUACAUGUUUUCUCAGGGCAUAUCGUAUCGGCCAGUGCAGGGAUGUGACGGUUCUCCGACUCAUUUCACUGGGGACUGUAGAGGAGGUCAUUUACCUUAGACAAGUAUAUAAACAGGUAUCAGAUAAAUAGAUAACCAAAUGACGAAGCACAGAUAAUUAAUGUUUUUGUUUAUUGAUAUUAUUUGUCACAAAAUUGUCGCUGUUGUAUAGUCGUCUGUGUAAAGAUAUGAACAGAAAAACACAAAUGUGUCGGCUACGAGUGACACCUAUUAAUAACAUUUGAUGAUUGCAUAAUACAAUACAAUUUUUGACUUGAUUUCAGUAUAUGAUCUCUGUCAGUCAGUGUCAUUUAAAUAACUUCUCUGUAUCUGCCAUCCAUCUCAGCAAUUGCAGAGCUCGGUUGUGGGUAAGGAGAGUGCACGGCGGUACUUUGAGGCAGUGCAAGGGCAUGAUGUCUAUAAGGGGGAGCUGUUUGGGAUCAAAAACCUCUUCAGGCUGCAGACCGAAGGAACUUGUCUCACCCGCAUGAUACUAGAGGUAGGAAAACCUAGAUUUCCUUUAGCUGUUUUAUUGAUGAUAUUCCUCUGUAGCAUACUGACUGAACAUACCUGUCCAGUUGUUACUGUCACAACAAAUGUCAAAGAAACCAUUCAGCCAAACUUCAGUUUAAAUUUUUUUUCUGCAGAGUUUUAUGUGAUUGCACUAAUGUUUGGUAUUUAAGGUUUAAGUAACGACCUUCAAUUGUAUUUCACUCUGAAAUAUAUCCCUGUAAACAUCAAAACAGUAGUCUCACUCAGUUGCAGUAUCACCUAGUGCCAAAAGAAAAGUCAAAAUAUGACUUUUGGCAAAGUAUUGGGAUGAUUUUGCCCCUUAAAGUUGUAAAUUUUUUGAUGAAUGAAUGUCUGUUUCUUUUCCUAUCAGCGAGAAGGACAAGUGGAGUCUGGUGUGAUGACUACCAGCACACACACAGGCGAAGAAAAGGAGGAGGAGGUGAAGGGAGCUAGCGUGAGUAACUCUGCCCUUCUCAGGGACCCAGAACACAGGGCACACAUCUUUCCCAUCCCGCAAUCUAUCUUCUCUCCCGGGCGGCCCACUCGUCCUCCCAUUCCCAUGUGAAAAAAAGGGGGCUACCUCAAACAGGGACCUUCCUGUCUGUCAGUCAACCUCACCAAAAUUCUCUCAUUAAUUUUUUUCCGCCAAAGCUCUUUUUUUUAAGUGUUGUCUUAGCUCUGCUUUGUUUUAUAGUUUUUCUAAAGUCCUGUCUUUUUUGAGUCUUUGUCAAAAUGAAAGAGGAUUCAUUUGUGGAAGAAGCAGCCUCUGAAAUGACAAUAUUAUCCACAGGAAAAGCAAAGAGAAAGUUAUACUCUCACUUCAGAGCUUAUGGUCCUGUUUUAUUAUGAAACCCUUUCACUAUCAAAAUCCUUUGCAUCCAAUUUCAACAAGGCUGACCACAGCUUCUGUUCUCUGUCAGUGUGGAAACGAAGAGCUUUAACGGCAGCCCUGUAAGUUCAAAAGGCGUCAGUAUGAAGAGCUUUUUAAAGAAACUCUUAAUAAAAUAGAUUCAGGAUGGAGGAUCACUUUUUAGUCUUGGCUCCCAGAAAACUAAAUGAUGAGGUUCUCUUUCUGUCACUUUCUCUCACUUUGUCUCACAUGCUGUGUGAAACAGCUGGAUGCAAUUACUCCCGUGUCCUAAUGGAAGAAGCAGACCACACUGAAGCCUAUCUUCUGCUUUUCAGAUAUUUAUUUACACAGUGAUAUCCCUUAUCAUCCUGUUCCCAGCCAGGUCCUCUUUACAAGGCUGCUGCUCCACUGAGGCCAGUCAGAUUCCUUCAAAAAUACAGAAUACACUGGGGUGCCUUAACACGCACAGACAGAGGCAUGAGGCGUGUGAGCGCAAACAUGCAGACAAGAACAGCCGGAGUGGAAAAGUGUGAUCCAGUGUGCCAAUUUGGUCAAAUCAGACUCUCUGUUGGUGGUCGCUUGUAUAGAGGUCCAUUUGUGUGGCAUCAGAAAUGUUAGAAACUGUUUCUUUUCUCAUGAUGGAGAUGCUGCAUGCCACAUAGGUAUCUAAAAUAAUCUCAGACUAGUUCACUAAGACAGGGCCGGGGUGAAAGGGAGUGAACAGUGUUGAGUUUUGUUGCCAAAUUCUUCUUAAACUAUGUAAAGCCAUAAAAGAAACCCUCCCAUGAUGCCACUUUUUAUGCCAUUCUUUCUCUCUUUUUAAUUGGCUUGUUUUUGUGGUUUCUAUUGUAGGAACUCGACCAACAUCCCAGUACAGAUCCCCCUGUAACAACUAAUGAACCAGCCAUAAAGGACAAAGACAUGUCCAAUGACCCUAAAGGGGUGCUGGACUUCAGCAGUGGGAGUGAAAUGGAUGAGGAGGAGCAGGGGCUAAAGAGGAAGGUGUCAAACCCCACUGCAAUGGACUUGAAUAAAGAGGGGAACUCUACGACUAGUCCUGGUCGGAUGAGUCUCCUCCAGCAUGGUUUCUCCAAACUCCUCGAAAGGGUUAAAGGAAAACCAGAGUCUUGUGAAGGGGACAGUAGUCCAGCUAUCGAAGAAAGCUCAUCUGAGGAAGAUGAUGCGGAUAAAAAGAGGGAGGGUGUCUCUUCUAUCUGCAAGAGCCCCAACACAGGAGAAGCAGCCUGUGUUACUAAAGUGGACAAGAAAACCCGGGACACAGACGAGGAGGAUGGAGACGAGGAGAAACAAAAGAGGGUUUCUCUGUUGAAGCAGAGUGAUGAAGCUGCAAGAAAGAGGCAGGAUUUGAAAGAGAGGGUCGAUAAGAGAUCAUUAAUGUAUGAGGAAAAGGACAAAAAGGACCAUUACAAGCAGAAAGCAACAGUGUCCAGCGUGCACCAGGUAAAAAAUUACUCAGAUGAAUCUGAGGAUUUGGACAUGGGGACAGUGAUGAGGCCCAAAAGUGCAGCUUUAAAUUCACACAGCAGACAAGGAGACCAUCAGAAAGGAAGAAAGAGGCAAAGUGCAAGUGUCAGGGACAAGGCCAGAUCCAAACACACAGAAAACAUCGAGACAUUCACAUCUUCAGAAGAUGAACACACUCCUGUGAAGAAAGGGAGGUCUACACAAUGCUCCCUCAAGUCUCCACAGACAGAGAGAUCCAGAGCUGGGCCCAAGAAAGCUGAGGAAACAGCUGGAACAAGCAGCAGGACAGAGAAAACAACAGAGACACCAAAAGCUGUCACAUUUACAAAUCUGAAAAGUCAAAGAUCCCAGAACUCCAAAGGAAAGGAUGGAACGAUUGACACUGUGUUAGGUUAGAGUCUGUUUUUCUUUUUAUUAAUCGCCAAUAGUUUUGGACACACUUCUUAUUUUAAUUAUGUCCUUUAUAUUUCUGUUAAAGGGGGAGUACAGGAGGUGGUGUAUACCCACUCUAACCAGCGAGUGGUAGGAGGUAGUAAAGCAGAGGAGCUGAUCAGUAGAGCUGCUGUACGAGACGUGUUUGACCGCAAGAUGUACUCUCAGCUCCCAGCCAAUCACCUUUUAGGCACCCUGGAGGUAAAAACCGCCGUAACCAUGGCUCCAUAAACAUUUGUCAUCUUGUCACACGAUAUGCUCCAGCUACUAUUGCGUGAUUUGAUGAUCUUUGAUUACGUCUGGAUAUCACAGAUUAAAUUAGUGUGUCAAAUUAGAUUUAGAAAAAAAAUUAGAGGAAUAUAUUUUUCCAAGAACUAUCUCAGGGUUAAAGAGUAAUCUACUGAGCUAGCGGUGUCAUUCAGACCUGUAUUCUGUCAAAGUUUGUCUGGCAACUACAUGCUGGAUUAGAUUUGCCAGAACUUUAUCAGAGACAGAUGCUCACUACAAGAUGACAGUUCAUGUAAACACAUCAUCUUUUUGUGGAUUAAAUUAUGCUCAAUGGUGCAGAAGACCCACUGGUGUUGCUGCAGUGGAUUUUACCUGUGUUCAGAUCUAUACUCCUCACUGCACCAUGUUGAUAUGCACUAUUACUUUGACAGUAAUCUGUAAACUUGAGUUUGAUCCUGUAACCUUUGUGGUCGGUCCCUAUAUAAAACUUUACUCUUGUUUGAUUUUCUCAGAGCCUCUCAGAGAGCCCACCAGACAGUCCGCCGUACCCCUCGUCUGUCCGACUCGAGAAGCCCCGUGUGGAGCAUCCAGUCACCUUCACCAACAAGAGUACACACAACACCAGACAUACCACCUUCAUCAUCGGAGAGACUCCCCGGGCAAUAUGCAGGUAAGAAAAGAGAGUGAAAGGAGGUAAGGUGAAAGACAAGAAGUGGGGUCUCAGUCUAAAAGGCGACAGAAAGAACAUGGGUGUAUUGUACAAGUUGAGAAAAUACUGAUUUGCCAAGCUGUGGGUAAAAGAAGAAAGGUUUGUCUUGGAAGGCAAAACAGAGAAAAAGUAACGUUAGAGAAAGUGCCCCAAAAGAAAGGCCUGCAUGAGAAUGAACUAGACCAGAGGAUGAAAUAGGUAAGGAGGCUGAGAGACUGUAGUCAAAAAAGCUCAAUUCCUGGCAGUGUUGGGAGGUCGGCCAAAAGCUCACCACAGACAUGGUGUUGAGCGCCCCCACCUGGGCCUCAGGAAAUGUGUGUAAGCCUAUGUGUGCGUGUUUAGCAAAAGACCACCUCUGAGCUUUCCCUUCCUACUAUUUCCCAGCAUCAUGCCAAAGAUUACCCAGUUAUAUUCAGGCCCAACAGUGCAGACGUUUUCCCCUCCUCGACCACAGCCCUCCUGAGACAAACCAAAAAAUGAUCGCCUGAGGACUUCCAAACCCACACUGACACACACACACACACAUACACACAAGCCCUAACAAGCAUUUACGCACUCAUACACAACAGAAUACACACAUCUGUCCUACUGCAUCACCUCCGCCCCCUACCUUCCCAAACUCUCAGACACACAGACACCUCUGUGGCUCCAAUCUCGCUCCCAAAGGGAAAGACUGCAUCUCAGCCCAGAGACUCACCAGGGAGGGAAAACUCACACUAGUUAUAUUGAUUUCCCCUCAAUUAACCUCGCUGUUUAAUGAUUGAAAUCCACAUGCACGUCUGGUUUUACUGCCGCUGCUUUUAUUUAUUGUUUUUCCACUGAAAAGCCACAAACGAUAAUAACACCACCAAAAUGCAGGCUGUAGCACCAGCGACUUUGAAGUAUUUCUGUCCCAGAUUCGGGUUAGACCAACAUUUUAAUGACUGCCUAGAAGCUCAGGAAAACACCUCAUGCUGCCUGGAUAUCAGCCUGGAUAUGUGGAGUACAUUCAUCUCAAGCUAAGCUUAACAGACCCACAAAAUAUUAGAUUAACAUUAUAGGCAUUGUGGCUUUAGACAUAGCUUACAUGUAAUUCAAAGUACUAAGUAUGUUCACAUGCUAAAUCCUGACCUCCUACUGACUGUACAUGUUCGAGUUUCCCAUUAGUUCCCCUAGAUUCAUUACAAAAGGCUCUUUUUUUAAUGUACAACUGUUGUUUCAUGCUGAUUUCUGUCUGUGUGUACUUGUGUAAAGGCAGCAGCUCGAAGAGAUGGCAGAAAAAACAGGAUUUUCUUCGGCACAGCAGUUUGCAGAAGAGAUUCUGAGAGGAAAAUCCACCCAAAGACUUGCCUGGCUGCGACAGUUUUACACUUCAUUGGACCAGCCCGGCCUGGCUGAUGUAGUCAGAAAAAACUUCCCUCAACCAGAUGCAGCACAGGCUACCUCCUCACCCUCCCCGGCAUCCACCAAAGUAUCUGUUAAAGAGUUCAACCAAGAUACGGGAACUCAACAAAAUGAUGUUCCAAAAGCCAAAAGGAGGUCCAGAUACACAAAGAGGACUACUGAAGCCCAAACUAAGCUAGACCCCCCACAAAACAAUGUUUCUGUGCCACAGAAAAAGUCUAGAAGAAGUCAACAAAAUGAUGUUGUUCAAGAACCUCGUAAAAAGCAAAACAUCCAACGAAAGAAUGCCCUUGAGCCUCUGAGUGAUUUUUCAAGCCCAGAGACGGAGGAGGAUGUCUGCAGUGCCAGAGGAUAUAAGAGGACAAAGAGGGGUAGUGUUUCUACUUCUGGAGCUUUCAGAACUGGUGGUGGUCUUGGCUUGGACCAGGCCAGCAGCAGUGGUCUGGGGUCUAGGGAGACUGCUGCCUUCCUGAACCGCACACACAGUGAUACCCCUUCUUCGACGGACCUCAGCCAUGGCAGGUCCACCACAAUGUCCAAACCAACAGCACAGGGAAGGGAGCAAGAGCAAAAACUGUCUUCAAGAAGCAGUGAUCCUUGUCAAGACAACAAUCCUCCUCCUCCUCCUCCUCCUCCUGAGAAGGCCAAAUCUACCUCCAGUCAUAGAUCUUUCCUCACAGAUCUGAUAGGAGACACCUCAGUCCUAGACGAUUUGUUCAAACCCAAACCAAGAAGUACUCCAAAAACACCCCCUACACCAACCUCAGCAUCAGGAAGCAAACAUCUCACAACACCCUCUCCAUCCGGAGCCACUUUUAAGACCAAACCAGAUCCAGCAGAGUCUUUGUCCUCACUCAAGUCCAACACAUCACCUACACACCAAACAGUAUCAAAGAGCAGUCGCAAAGACUUCUGGGACAUCCUGAAUGAGGGUAACGAGGAAAGUAUCAACAGGUUAACCGACUUAGAGGAGGUGCAGCGGGUUUGCAUCGACACAAACUUAGCAGCUAAAAAAAGGACAAAGGAACAGGAGAGUAAGAGUCUGUGGAAGACUAACGAUAAGUUCCUGUGGAAAAAAUGAUUCAGGAGAGACUGUAACGGUGUUCAAAGUUAGUUUUACAGUUUAGUACUUUUUAUUCUUGCAGGUCUUGAGAUGUUUAAAAAAUGUUUGAAUUGAUAUGUUACAGGUCUUCCUGCUGGUUUUAGGAUUAUUUUGUAAUAUUUUACCAUCUCAUUUAAUUUGUUCACUUUUAAAAUGUGUUUUAUUAUACAUCUGUAUUAUUUGAAAAAUUCUUCUUUUAAUUUACAUUGUUUUUUUAUUGAAUAGAUAAAGUGUCAAGACCAUGUUUACUGUCACUUGAAUAAACUUAAGAUGUUUGUACAUUUUUAGAAAUGAUUGCCCUCUUUUUGAUUUAUUUCUACAUGUUUUUACUUGAUGGGCAUAAUUUCCUAAUGAAUAAUUUUACAGGCACUGAUAACUUAAACGCUCUAAAGUUAAAACCUUAUAAGUGUUUAAAUAAUAAGUGGUAGCGACUUAUAAAUAUAUAUAUAUUUUUAUUAUUUUUUAUUUUGAGUUUUAAUUUUUUUUACAGGACCAAACAAAAAAAACAGCAAAAAUAAAAAAAUUAAAUCAA